AUGCCGUACGUGUAUGCUGAUCCCCCCUUUUCUGAAAAGCUAGCGUUUGCAACUGCAGGAGGGCUACCUCUUAUCUCAAGUCAAAGUGACAUCAAGGGCGGACAGAUUCCGCUGCAAGCUGUUGGGAUUGCUCAGCCAUCCAGAGCGCUCUCAUCCGAAAUGACUUCGGAGCAGCAGCCGCAUGAAAGCAACUCAGACAAGCCGGCUGAUACUAAUAAAGAUAGCAAUAGCGUAAAUAAAAGUAGCUUUCGCGUCGAAAUAUUCAGCGUUAGUGGGGUGGAUGGGAAGCAUGUUCAGCUGCAAGAGACUCCGUCUUGCCCAUUUGAAAAACCUUCAGAAUUCAUCUUCAAUCCCAAGUCAAUCAUCGGCGAACGCGCGGCCGUGAAUGGGCUUGAAAGCGCUGCCGCCGAGCUCCUUGAAUUUGUUCGAAGCAUCGUCCCCCCACCUGGAGAGGGAAAUCCCUUGAACCUUCCAGCCAUAAUUUUCCUCGCUCGAGAUCUUGGCGGAACAGUUGUUAAGCAGGCGUUGCUUAAGGCAUUCUUCUCCUCAGAUCCCCUUGAUGUGUUUAUCAUUAAAAAUACCACCCAUCUGCUCUUUUUCGGUACACCACACAGAGCUUCAGAGAAAUUCUCAUGGGUCCUCACAAUCUCCAAUAUAAUCAACUAUCAGACGGGAGAAACCCAAGGCCCAUGGUCUUCUCGCGUAACUCGCCAGAUGGCUGAGUCUCAUGAAGCCACUGCAAGCCAAUUCAACAUGCUAGCCCGCCGAUGUUCAUUCAAAAUCAUCAACUACUUCCAAGUAAAAUUGGACGACGAGUUGUACGAGAUAAUAGUCGAAAAAUUUGCUGCAACGCUAGAAUUCGACUGA